AUACAUCGUGUGUGUUUAGGGGAAAGAUCAACGGUCACUCGUGACCGUCCGUCUUGUCAUUCGGUCGUGAAUUACAGCUAUUCUAAGACAAUGAAGAUAUUAGCAGUGAUACCAAUCCUUUUGUGCUGUGUCGACUACAGCUCAAGCUUUAGCCCAGAUAAAUUUUUUGAAGAUUUCGGUUACCUUGACGAUGUGGCUUCGAAGCCAGAUGGAGCAGCCCACAGCUCAGAGGAUCGAGAAAGGGCAAUUAGACAUUUCCAGAGGGUAGCCGGGUUACCAGUGACGGGACAGCUGGACAAGCGCACUGUUAAGAAGAUGUCCGGAGAACGGUGUGGGGUGAAGGAUUUAGUUCCACCUCGAAAGCGAGCCCAACCCGGUGGACCCCUAGAGUUCUAUGCAGUAGGUACUAAAUGGGAUAAGGACACGCUCACCUACUCAUUUGUAGGGUUCACGAGUCAGCUCCAACGGGGCCAACAAAGGAGGGCUAUUGCAAAUGCAUUGGCCAAAUGGUCUGCGCAGGCCAAUAUCAAUUUCCGGGAAGUCUCGGGAAAUAAUGCGGAUAUUCUUAUCAGCUAUGGACGCGGGAACCAUGGAGACAAUUACCCAUUCGACCGUCAAGGAGGUACACUGGCGCAUGCGUUCUUUCCUGGUUCUGGAGCCAUAUCCGGUGACACCCAUUUCGAUGACUCCGAGAGAUGGACUCUCGGAACCUCAGAGGGAACAAACCUUGAGAUUGUGGCGGCCCAUGAAUUCGGUCACGCUCUGGGGAUUGGUCAUUCCAACGCUCCUGGAGCCUUGAUGGCUCCUUACUAUGCCGGGUAUGAUCCUAACUACGGACUUGGGACUGAUGAUAUACAGGCUAUACAGAGCAUUUACGGUGUACGCACAAGCGCUCCAAGGCCGACGUCUCGACCAACCACGAGAAAACCUACGACAACUAGGGCCCCUCCGGGAACAGACUGUAAUCUCAAGUUCGACGAUACGUUUACCGGAGACGAUGGUCGGAUUUAUGCAGUACGUGGGACCAAGGUAUACAAGUUUCGGUCUAACGCCAAUGGUGUCGAAAGAGGAAGGUAUAUUCGGAGGGUAUAUCGCAAAGCUCCAAAAAAUCCAGGGGCAAUUGUCAGGACGAGAAGCCAGCGGCUGUUUUUCUUCAAAGGUAAGAGAUUGUGGCGAUACACACGAGGACAAUUGGACAGAGGCUAUCCUAGGGUCAUCAAAGGUGUAGACAAUUGGUACAGGAAUGCCAAGGCCGCGGUGCUCUGGCGUGACGGAAACGUUUACCUCUUCAAGGGCUCCGAAUACAGUAUUUGGUCGGAAGGCUACAGCAGUCCUCCUCGAGGUUACCCUAGACCUAUAUCGACCUUCUUCCCCGAUGUGCCCCCUAACGUAGAGGCUGCCAUCCGCUACGACCGCUUUACUUAUUUCUUCAAAGGACACAACUAUUUCAAAGUGGACGAUUACAGUAGGCGAGUGGUGAGGGGAUAUCCAAAAAAGAAAGCUAGUGCCUGGUUAGGCUGUGGGCGUCCUACCCCAAAGUAAUAACUCAAGACAGAAGCCAUGUCUAGAAGUUCGGAAUGACCUCAUGUAGCAGCAACAUCAAAAUGCAGACAUUUUCACUAAUUGUCAAAUAAAGGGACAAUUCAUUAAUUCGUUAUUGUAACCGUUUUUGGUGACAAUAUACGUACGCUUAUCAGAGUUCGUACCCAGCUUUUCAAAUAGGAAUAGGUAGCUUUCCAUGAUUUCAUUGUUUACGCCAAUAGAUUACAUUAUAAAAUCCUGGUAAACAACAAAAAUGCUAAUCGUCUUUGCAAUCUUUCAACUGAAGUCUCAGUAUAUUUUAAAUUAUUUAAACGGUAUUCUUUGGUGAAUAAAAGACAUUAUUUUUAAUAACGUCCACCCGACUUUAAAACACAUAACAAAUGUUAAUAAAACUGAUUCUGAUUGAAUGUUAUGUUUGCAUAUUAUAAAUAUAUACAAAAUAUACCAAUAUCGAAGAAUAAACGGCUAGCAAUUUCAUCAUCAUUUAGUUUUUUAGGCAAACGGUUUUCUGAUGUUAUCGUUUUGGAAAAGAUAUUCAAGUAUGUUUAUCAUUUGAAUUUAGUAUUAACUUAACAGGCAAUAGCUAAUUGGAAAAUGAUAAUGAUAAUGAUGUCGAAUACAUUGAUUUUAUAUCGACACAUUUCGUAUUAUGUGUUUUAUUCGAUAAACCUAUUCUUCUUCGACAUGAAUUCCAAAUGUAAUUCUUUUAUUUUGAAUAUUUCCAAAGUUAUAAGUUAAAUAUAAAUUGUGAAUAUGAUAGUGUCUCCUCAUGGGUGACGUGUUUAUUCAAGAACAAUUUGUUUCAGAAACACAGAGCGUUGCAUUUAACUAUUGUCCAAUAUUUUGCAAUCAUGCCAUAUAGAAACUGAUGAGAAAUGAGAAAUUGACAUUAAUUUUUAUAUAUCAAUAACUAAAUACCGUAUCAUCAUGUAAGAGGCUGAUUAUUUUAUGUUUCACUGAACUUUUUUAUAUUUUGAUACAAAUUACUUGGAAGUAUACAAUUUGAUGUUGUGAAUAGAUGCAAAAAUAGAAUAAGCCAGUAUGUCGGUAUAGAAUACAUCUGGUUUAGUGACUCAUCUCCUGUAGGUGAGAGAAUAUAUGUACUUUGCAUGAUCGAAACAUGUUGUCGAAGGAUUGUUUUCAGAGUAACCUAUUGCUUUAUAUUAGCCAAUUUUGCAAGACUUUAAAUACAUUCAGUAGAAAUAUCAAAAUGA